CGGACGCCCGGCUUCCAUGUGAGCGCCCUCCCGCUCGGGUGGGCCUGCGCUGCCGCUUCUGCCCGGCGCCCGGGUCCUGGCUGCGGCCGCCCGCUCCACCUCCGCCGGGUCCCUGGAUCCGGCUGCCGGGCGCAGGAGCCUCCGUAAGCACUCCCGGCCCCCUCGAGGGAGAGUCCUGACGGCCAACCCAGGCUGACUUCUCCUCCGCGUCCGACGCAACCGGCAGCAGCGCUGCCGCCGCGUCCUCUACGGCCGUCCCGUCUUCCCACGGAUGUGAUCUGCGUGGUGGGAAGCUGAGUUUUUAAACUACCCCAAUGGAUGCAGACAGUGACGUUGCAUUGGACAUUUUAAUUACAAAUGUAGUCUGUGUUUUUAGAACAAGAUGCCAUUUGAACUUAAGGAAGAUUGCUUUGGAAGGAGCAAAUGUAAUUUAUAAGCGUGAUGUUGGAAAAGUAUUAAUGAAGCUUAGAAAACCUAGAAUUACAGCCACAAUUUGGUCCUCAGGAAAAAUUAUUUGCACUGGAGCAACAAGUGAAGAAGAAGCUAAAUUUGGUGCCAGACGUUUAGCCCGCAGUCUGCAGAAACUAGGUUUUCAGGUAAUAUUUACAGAUUUUAAGGUUGUUAACGUUCUGGCAGUGUGUAACAUGCCAUUUGAAAUCCGUUUGCCAGAAUUCACAAAGAACAAUAGACCUCAUGCCAGUUAUGAACCUGAACUUCAUCCUGCUGUGUGCUAUCGGAUAAAGUCUCUAAGAGCUACAUUACAGAUUUUUUCUACAGGAAGUAUCACAGUAACAGGACCCAAUGUAAAGGCUGUUGCUACUGCUGUGGAACAGAUUUACCCAUUUGUGUUUGAAAGCAGGAAAGAAAUUUUAUAAUUCAUCACUUAAUGAAUCUCUAACUGAGCACCUUUUAAAACCUGCUGCACAUUGGACUCAAAGCAAAAGGAAAACUGGACCAACAGUAAUUGAGGAAAUAGACUCUUUUAUUCAUUCAUGGCUACAGUGUAAGCUCCAGUCCCUUUGGAUGUUAUUUCAGACCUUGCUGUAAUAUAAAAAGGAAGUUUACAAGACAUGACAUUGCUGCUUUUACAAAAGGACAUUCUAUUUAUUUUCGCAGUAAUUUUCAUGUCCCCAUAAGCAGAGCUGUCACAGUGUGCACUACCUUAAAAUUGUUUUAUUGUUAUUUUUUUUUCCAGUUUGAGCUAAUGUGUUUUAUUUGUGAAUAGUCUUUUACAUUUUUGUAUGCUGAAUAUGGGCACCAAAGAACCUGUAAAAGUUAUCUUUUUCAAUUGAAUGUGCACAAAUAAAAGUUUGGAAAAGA